CAAGUACAUCUAUCUGUGUUUACACUCAGAUCAAUGCAACAGUAGUCCAUUUCAUUCAACGCCUUUGUUCCCUCUCUGCAUCUCAUCCCGAUCAACCAAACAUCGAUGGCGUACUUCUCCAAAGGCCACAACAUCGACGACGAGGCAGACGACUUCGACGAGUACGAUCCCACCCCAUACGGCGGCGGCUACGACAUCCGCAUCACCUACGGCCACCCUCUUCCUCCUUCCGACGAAAUCUGCCACCCUCCUUCCCAGAACUACUCCGACGAGCCAGCUGACGACUUCUCCUACGCUGAUGUCUCUGGUUAUGACAACGACGAUGCUAUCAAUAAUGAGUACUCCAGCUAUACUAGAAGGCCUGGCUACGGAUCUGAUGUGAAGAACCAGGAUGAGGAAGAGGAGGUGGUGGAGGAUGAGUACGAGGAACCUGAGAAAGAGGAGGAGCAGGAGGAGACUCAAGGUUAUGGAAGAUCUGAGGAGGAUGAGUAUGGGGGUCGCAAGAAUUAUGGUGGUGACAACUAUGGAGGGGAGGAGGAUGAAGAGAAGGAACACUAUCGCCGCACAUACUAUGACGAUUGAGGAGACACUCCAACCAUCAUCAAAGCAGCAAGUCUUAUCUACAAACUACAUAGACAUUAUUCCCUUGAAUUUAUUUCUUUCUGCUAUACUAAAGCCUAUUGCGUGUGAAAUGAUUGCUUUCUAAUAAUUUAUCCCCGACUUGAAAUUGUCAGUGUUUUUCUAUAUAUAGAUGUUGUCACACAAGUGGCUUGUAGAUUUCACAUAUGUUUGGGGUGUUAAGAUUGUUUUCUUGAGGCUCAUUACAACCUACAAGUAUGAAUUCGUGUUUUGGGUUGGUAUGCAAUCAAAUUCAUUUC